CGCUCACUCCACCAUAUAUCAAUCCAAAAUGAGCUACUCCACACAGAAGUAGAAGGCUUAUCAAAGGCUCUACUUUCUAAGAAGAAACACGAGAAGAAAAGCAAGCCCCUAGACCUACAGCAACGCCAGGAGUACCGCAGGGGCGCUGUAUUCUGGUCCCCAUCUAAAGUGAGGGAGGCCCAGUUCCGCCAAAGGAUCAAAGACCAAGAAGCUGAGAAGCAACAACUUAAAAAAGCUCAUAAGAAGGCAGAAAAGGCCUUGAAAAAGGUACAUCAACUUCAAGAGAAAGAAGAAAGAGCAAGGCGAGAAGAAAAGGAGAGGAUUACAGCUAAGAAACAGGCUACACGCCAACGUAAAGAAAAAGAGAAACAAAACACUAAAAAGCCUAUACAAACUUACCAAAAGGGAAAGAGGAAGGCUUUAGAGCCUGCUACAAAGCCUAUACAGAAAAAAUAGAGGCGUGAGGUAGUUGCAGAGGGUAGGGGAGGUGAUCAGGGCCGU